ACGUUACUGUUAUAAUUUUACUGAAUAGUUUGUCGACUUCAGAUUUUAAUGAUUUUAUUUAUGCGUUUACUUACAUAUUUUGCAACCGAAAAUCUUGGUCUACCUUCAUGAGCAGUUUACAUUUAGUCUUUUUCCGAAUGGUAUCUCUAGCGUUUCUAAUUUGGUUUACUGGCUUUUUAGCUAGUUAGCUAAGGGGAUAGAAGGGUCAGUACAGUAUGGGAUUUCAUGUUCGAAUGAAGCAGUAGGCUUACAGUUUAUGAACUUAAAUUGUGCCACGAAUGAGUAUUUCAUAGGUAUUCAUAUGGAUAGAGAGCUUUGCCACCAGAAGUAUGCCUCUUGUCUUGCACAAGUUGUCGGCUCAGAGUCUCCGACCGGCCUUGAAAGAGUUAAGGUGAACUAGGGAAGGUGUGGUCAGGGAGAUGCUAUUUCCGUGUUUGCCAAGAGAAAACGAUAUGACCGGACUGUCUCUUAAUCUCCCAAACGUGUCUUUAGAACAGACAAUGGAAGGAGAAAUGAGAGAGAAUGUGGAUGCUCAGAAGGAUUUUCAGACUGUGGAGGUCGGGGAGCUCGAGGAAGGGAAGAACGCGCAAAAGGCUCCUCGUCGGGUUAUCCACUUCGCAAGCGGAGAAACAAUGGAAGAGUACAGCACAGAAGAUGAGGAGGAGGAGGAACCGGAGAAGAAAGACUUGCUGUCCCCUGAUCCGUCUAACCUGACCUGGGGGCCGUACUUCUGGUUCCACAUGUGGAGGGCGGCUACAUCCACCGUCUCAGCAUGUGAUUUUCUUGGAGAGAAGAUGGCCGCAGCCCUGGGAAUCACCUUGCCCAAAUACCAAUAUGCCAUUGACGAGUUCUACAGGGCAAAGAAGGAGGAGGAAGAGGAACAGCAGGAAAAUCGUAUGUCCGAGGAGGCAGAACGGAGCUUUCAGGAGCAGAAGGGCCAGGAGGGCGCCCUCACAGAGCAGCCGGACAGCUCCAUCUCUAUCGUCAACAUCACCUGUGAGCUGGAGAAGGAGCCUUGCCAGAUCUCAGAUGCCUCUCCAUUCCCACCUAAUCCACUCUUACAGGAUGAUUUAAGAGUCUCUGCCCCUGUCCCCUCCUAACCCACAUUUAGAGAUCUCAGAAACUCCACCCCUGUACCCUCAUAAUCCAUAUUUACAGAGACCAGAGACUCCAACUCUGUCCCCUCAUAACAAACUCUUACAGGGAUCAGAAAUUCCACUCCCGCCCUCUCAUAAUCCAUAUUUACAGAGGUCAGAGACUGUACCCCUGCCCACGCCCAACCCACUCUUAGGUGCCAUUUGAAUGUGUCGCAACAGAAAGGUCACCAAGUUUGGAUGCAGAAGUGAGCAAAAAGAUCUAACUGGCCACCAAGUAACCAAAUUAGUGCUGUUUACAAGACUCACUCGCAUGACAUUUUUGCUAAAAAAAAAAAAGCCAAGUUGGUGGAAGUCUAUAUUAUGAUAAAUACUACUCCUACUUGCACUACUACUUCCAUAAUUACUGUUAUUGGUUGCAUUUUUAUAUUCUCACCAUUCCCUUAAUUGAACUAAAUAUGGUGAAUGUUUUGGAUAGAAUUAAUAGCCGAAGGCCAGUUGCUUUCUCUAGCUCUGCUGUGUGUGAAUGGAAUGGACAGUGUCAUGAUUGGUCAGAGACCAGAUUUUGUCAUUUCCAGUUUGUCACAGUGCAAGCUGAAAAAGCUCAACCCUAUGAGCUUUUGCCAUUCUCCAAAAGCUUUUUGAUAGCUGGGGUACCGUAUUUAAUCUUUGACCUUAUCUCCAUCUGCAGAAGAGAUUUCAUUGGCAAUGAUGAUUUCUGUUAAAGAAAUGUUUAUGGUCUGUUACAUUGCAGAAAGACAUCAGAUACUCCACCUCCAUCCCCUCCUAACCCACUCCUACAGAGAGAUUUCAGAGCCUGACUCAUCUUUUCCUAUCAUCCUAUUCCAAAACAAUAGUUUUAUAAUGUAUUUAUUCAAAAUCUAUUUAAAGGCAAGGUUGUUUUAUUUAUUUGUGAAGGAAAUGUUUGUCUAUUUUGUACAUAACACCACUUAAUAAAUGUAUUAAUAACAAAUGCACCCAA